GUUGAAUAUCACGUCGUCAACAGCUGAGCUGCGAACGCGUAACACAAAUUAAAGUUGUUAAUCAGAUUUAGAGUAAAUAACAACCGGGCCGUUGGUAUCAGCAUUCCGUAUUCGGAUGUGUGCGAGAGCUGAGCAGUGGAGCACGACGCUGCUCUAGUGGGUUACAUAAUGGCAGCAGCUCUACGUUGCCUGCCCCUUCUCCAGCCGCACAAAUUGGGACUGCGACUGCAUCGCAAUCUCAGCACCGAGUUGGCCUCGGCUCUGCGUCCCUUCUAUUUUGCUGUGCACCCGGAUCUGUUUGGUCAGCAUCCGGAGCAGCGUCAGACCAACGAGAAUUCACUAAAACUGCUCAGCGCUCAUCUGCAGGCGCUCUACGAACGCAACUAUCCCAAUGAGGAUGCGAAGGUGCUCAAGUUCUAUGUGCGCCAAAGUGCGGAUGCCGAGAAACGGGACAACUUUCGGCUGGUGCAGAUACGCAUGGAUCGCAGCACGAGGGAUCCCAAACAGUUCAUACAGGGUCUGCUCGAAUCCUGUAAUCUAUCCACGGACUAUAUCAAAACGGUGAAGCCAACGAUGCAAGCGAAACCGCAGGAAAGCAUGGCCAACAAGCCCAGUCAGGAUUACCAUUACAAUACAGAGUUUGCCGAGUUCGAGGCACAAUUUCGCAGUGAAGCGAGCAGCAGGCGUCCCGAGCUGUCUACUUGGCUCGCGGAGAAUGCGGAUAAGGCGAGACAGCGCGCCAAGGAGACGGCCGAUCUUGUAGCCGAGAUAGAUAAGUUGAAAAAUGUCCUGGUGCGGGAUCUACAAUUGCAGGAUGUGCGCUACGAAUGCGGUUGGAAUAUUGAGCAUUAUCGGGGCUGCUUGAAAUCGCUGCAGCGACUUAGCCAAACGCACGCAAAGACGCUAGAAACGUUGAAGAAUCGUAUUGUGGUCUUUGCAUUGUUCACGGGCAUCAGCCUGGAGGGUCAAGUGAUGCUCUUCACCGGCGAUGUGCAAAACAAUUGGAUUGAUUUCAUCAAGAACAUUCCACAGCACGACGUCUACCUGAAAGUGGUGCCCGUCUACGAAGUGACGCUCUCACAGGUGCUGCGUGGCAUACAGAUUGGUAGGCGUAAAUUUAUGCCGAAGCAGCAGGCACGUGGAUAUACCAACUACCUCAGCAAGGUGACGACAUCCCUCAGCGAUUAUCUCAGUAAACAACAUUAUCCGGCUAGUUGGCCGGCAACGCUCGAAGAGUUUACCAUCGUUGUCGAAUCGGAGGCGGGACCACUGAUGGUCAGUCCGACGGGUCAGUUCAUUACCCCAGCCACCUGUCCCGGCUCCAUUCUCGUCGACUUCAUCAACCAGAACAUGCAGCAGGCACGCGAACGUAUGCACAAAUAUGACAAGGAUAAGCACAUCGAAGAGCAACUGAUCGAGGAAUGCAUUCAGCGGCUCGGGCUGCAGUCCCUCACCAAGGACGAUGCCGUUACGCCCGACAAGAUGAUAACGGCGUUGAGUGAUUUGCGUUUGUAUCAGCCGCAGCAUUUCGAGCACAUCAAGUUGCAUAUAUCCCAUUACUACUCUGUGCUCACCGAUGGCAUCGUUUGCAUACCCUGGGAUUUUAUGCAGAAGUAGAGUCAAUUCAUUCAUCUAUCUCCUCGUGUGUGCCUUACUGUCAAUGACAAUACGCAUAAUAAAUUUAGUAAUUAAUUAAUGUCAUGUUUAUAGAAACUACUGUUAAUUAAAUUGUUCAUGUUUGUGCUUGCCAAUGUUACUAGUUUAAUAAAUAUGUACAGGGUAUUGCAAAUAUUUAAAAUUACUAUCUAAAGUCGGAUACACAAAAUGCAUAGAUAAGUUGCCUUCAGCCGGAAAAAAGCGUUACACAUUUUCCAUGAAUUUUCAUAAGCUAAGUACACCUAUGUACAUAAAUACAUCUACAUAUAUAUGA